AUUUUUACCACACGUUUACAAUCUCUGACAAUAAUUAACAUCGAUGAGUCGUACAUCGACUACAUGGCCUAUUAUAUUUGCAAUUGCAGGGUUAAGAACAAGCGAAGUUUGUACAGAGUGAGAAUCUGACAAGGUGGGGGUGCAAGUAUGUUACCAGAUAAAGAUGGGCCAAGCAAUAUGGGCGGUGGGACCCAGGGCACUGAUGGAAGAGAAGACCCCUCUGUGACACUCUUUCGGGAGUACCUACGACUUAAGACCGUUCACCCGCAGCCUGACUAUGAUGCAGCCCUAGGGUUCCUUGAUCGCAUAGCCAGUGAGCUAGGCCUUCCCAUGAAGAAAGUGGAGGUGUGCCCUGGCAGGGUAGUUGCCAUCAUGACAUGGGUCGGCACCAAUCCUGCCCUGCGGUCCAUCCUGCUGAACUCCCAUACAGACGUUGUUCCUGUGUAUUCGGAGCAUUGGAAAUAUGACGCGUUUGCUGCCGUCAAGGACGCAGAGGGCAACAUAUAUGCAAGAGGGACACAGGAUAUGAAGUCUGUCACCAUACAGUACAUUGAGGCCAUCCGGAGACUGAAAGCUGAAGGGAAGAGGUUUGCUCGCACCAUUCAUUUGAUGUUUGUCCCAGAUGAAGAAGUAGGAGGCCACAAAGGAAUGGAGACUUUCAUAAAGCACCCAGAGUUUAAGCAGCUGAACAUCGGCUUUGCACUUGAUGAAGGUCUGGCUAACCCUGGAGAAGCGUAUACUGUGUUUUAUGGGGAGAGGAGCCCCUGGUGGAUCACGGUUCACUGCCCGGGCAGUCCUGGCCACGGCUCCAGAUUUGUGGAGAACACUGCCGCAGAGAAGCUGCGAAAGAUCAUCAACUCCUUCCUGGACUUUAGAGAGAAAGAGAAGCAUAGGUUGGACAUCAGUGAAUGCUUCACAUUGGGUGAUGUAACCACUGUGAACAUGACAAUGGUGAAUGGAGGAGUGGCGUACAAUGUCAUCCCUGCUGAGAUGGACGUCAGCUUUGACAUGAGGAUUCCACCAACGGUCAACCUUCAGGAAUUUGAAGAACAGAUAAAACGGUGGUGUCAGGAGGCUGGUGAAGGCAUCACAUAUAAGUUUGCCCAGAAACACAUGGACCAGAACACAACGUCUACUGAAGACACUGACCCAUGGUGGAACACCUUCAGCUCCACCUGCAAAAGCAUGAACAUGACUCUGACGAAGGAGAUCUUUCCUGCUGCCACCGACAGCCGUUUUAUCCGAGCUGUGGGUCUUCCAGCCAUCGGCUUCUCACCAAUGAACCACACGCCCAUCCUCCUGCAUGACCACAACGAGCACCUGAACGAGCAGGUCUUCCUGAGGGGCAUCCAGGUGUAUGAGAGACUGGUACCAGCCCUGGCCAGUGUGCCUGCUCUACUUGGGGAAGCUUGAGUAGCUGUCCUGGCAUCGUGCCCUCUACCCAAAACCACCCCCCCCCCUCCUUUGCCUCUCUCUCUCUCUUUCUUUCUUUCUUUCUUUCUUUCUCUCUCUCUCUCUCUCUCUCUCUCUCUCUCUCUCUCUCUCUCUCUCUCUCUCUCUCUCUCUCUCUCUCUCUCUCUCUCUCUCUCUCUCUCUCUCUCUCUCUCUCUCUCCCCCUCUCCUCCUUCCUCUCUGGUGUCUGUCUGGCCUAGUCUCCUGCACAGUUCUGCAGCAGUGGCAGCAUCAGCACCAGCACCAUGAGACCAGUGCUGUGUAGGAUGCGUCGUCCUCAUGUGUGAUGGGGAGGCUAUCAUGAACACCUGCACUCACAUCACCUGUACUCACACCUGCUCGGCUUUAUGUCAUGACACUGCAGACCUGUGUGGCUUCUCUCAACUCUUUUCCCUUUAUUCCCUCCCCCUCUCCACCUUUCCUUUUCUCUCCCUCCCCCUCUCCCCCUCUCCCCCUUUCCAGCCUCUGUCCUUCUCUCUUUUUCCUUCCAUGUUAGGAAGCGAUUCAGCAACUUUAUUAUUCUCCAGUUCUACUGACUGCGAUGUUGCACAUAUCCAAAUCUAAGUUUAUUAAAGUUAAUCUUCAACAGAGUUCUGAUUACACCAAAGGCUAACUUUAAUGGGGAAAAACUAUAUACCGGUAUAUGGCAUUGCAUUGCAUACUUAUUCAGUUGCUUUAAUAAAUUGUCUCAGGAGUUCUUUUGGCACUAAAGUUUUUACUGAGAAAGAAUUCAUUCAUAUGGAAUCUUUAAUAUGUAACCAUACAGGGAUGAAUCAAGGUGCUCAUUAAAUGCUGCUAGACUCCA